UCUGUGUGUGUUUGCUGUCCAUUUUUUUUAUAUUCAGUUUCCAUCUCUCUCUCUUCUCCCAAAUAAUAAAGAGAGAGAGAAGUAAAACCUUCGAAACUCCCAACUUUAAUCAUUAAUUUCCCCUUUUUGAUUCGAAUCCACAUCGGUUUUUGCAGUGGGUUUCUUGAGGCAAAUCGGAGAAAAAGUUUAUGCAUCAAAUAUUUUUGGAAGGUUUCGCGAAUUUCAGUUGGAUUCUGUCUGCCAUUUUCGAGCUCUGUUUGGAAAUCUAGAGUUUCCUCUCAAUAUUGCGAAAAAUCCAGUCUUUGCCGACUAGAUUCUUGAUUUUCCGGCUUUGAUUUUCAUCCCCGGGAACAGUUGCUAAUUGAUCCGAGCGUUUUUGGAAAUUUCUCCGGCGAAUUGGUUGAAUUUUAACCGGUGGUAGUAUCUGAAUCUGAGUUUUACAUAUAGUAAGACGUUAAAUUGGGUAAGAUAGAGCAUAUUGAAGAUGAUGCGUGUGAGGAACAGGGCACCGGAGAUGACUUCCAUGGACGGGGGCUCAGUCCCCGGCGACGCCGGAGAUGAAAAUGAAUGGGAGGUCCGGCCAGGAGGAAUGCUUGUUCAGAAGCGAGACCCGAAUGCUGAAACCAACCGUAUUCCUCCACCAACCAUUCGAGUUCGGGUCAAAUACGGGUCGAUUUACCAUGAAAUCAACAUCAAUUCUCAAGCCACAUUUGGGGAGUUGAAGAAGAUGUUAUCAGGGCCAACAGGAUUACACCAUGAAGAUCAGAAGCUCAUGUAUAAAGAUAGAGCGAGGGAUUCAAAAUCAUAUCUUGAUGCUGUUGGUGUCAAAGAUCGAUCAAAAAUGGUGGUUAUGGAAGAUCCAAUUAGUCAAGAGAAAAGGAUUCUGGAGAUGAGAAAGAAUGCAAAAAUGGAAAAAGCUGCUAAAUCCAUUUCCGAUAUUAGCUUCGAGGUCGAUAGACUUGCUGGACAGGUGUCAGCCAUUGAUUCGGUUAUAUCUAAAGGAGGAAAAGUUGCAGAGAAGACUCUGUUGAAUGUGAUCGAGUUAUUAAUGAAUCAAUUGAUUAAACUAGAUGGAAUUUCAGUCGAUGGUGAUGUAAAAUUACAGAGGAAAUUGCAGGUGAAAAGGAUUCAGGAAUAUGUUGAAACUCUUGAUGCUUUAAAGCUUAAAAACUCCGCUCAAAGCAACAAUGGCGAUGGAAAUCAUGUUCAAGAACAGAGAUUUUCAGAUGGGUAUGGUGGCACGCCGCCUCAAUCAAGGCGGAGAGUUGGGAAAUCUUCAUCAACUCCGGUGGUGGAUCAACAUCAACCACCGUCAACGGAGGCAGCUAUGGCAACAACCGAAUGGGAGAUUUUUGAUUCUUUGGCUACCCCAACAUCAACCACCACCACUACUACUACUACCAUGAAUCCCAUGUUCAAAUGGGAUUUGAUUUAGAGGAAAUAAACAAGAACUCAAGUAUGUGUUGUAGUGCGUGAAAUGUGUGUGUGUGUGUUUGAUAUUUCCGAGGUUGAUUUUGUCAUUUAUUCUAUCCAUUCU